CGACGCGAGUUAAAAUAUAUAAAAAUAAUUACCGAUUGUGAUCCCGGGGUCAGUUUUGUACCCAAAUAAGUUGCGUUGUUCAGGAUUUGUCCAGUUUUUCCAGCAAAAAGCCGCGCAAACGCGCACUGUGUUCGCCACACCGUCGCCAUUUUGAAUAGCGAAUAGAGCGAAUUGCUACAAGAGCAAUAAGAACUAUAUUAUUCGUUUCGAAGGAAACAUUAUGGCGGACGCCUGCAGACAUUCGUGCUUUUCAAAAAUCGUUUUCUAAGUUUAAUCGCGUGUUUAUAUUGAACUUUUUCGCAUAUUAUGGUGCAUUGUGUAUCUAAAUAACUGUUUAUUGUGGUUUUUGGAGGUUCCUUGGGAUAAAUUGUCCAGAUGGCAAAUCACGAAGGCGUAUUAUGGCUCAAAGUCGUUCUAGCGCAAAAUUCAAAGAGUUAUUGAGACAGAAAUCGGCUACAGUUGUAAAUAAAGACGACAGUGGUUGCGACACUAGCCCUGAAGACAACUUAGACCACACCAGCACCCAAUACCCGGACAGUGACAGCCAAACAGAAGGGAACAAGCACAAGGCACAGAGCAAGCCUCGGAGCACUUCAUCGAUCACACUCAGGUCGACCAAUAGAAACAAGGACACUCAGUUUCUACCUGAUGUCGGAGGAACGGGAAUAUCUCCCACCACACAUUCCAACAUGAAAACUAAACAAGCUAAAGAGGAGCAAGACAAAACUCUUGAUGAGGAAACAGUGAUAGAACCCAAGACACGGGCCCGCAAGAAGGCUUCGGACAUUGCCAACGAUGACAAAACUAAACCCAGCCAAGAUGAGCCUAAAACUUCUAAAGAAACUAAGAAAGUUGUAAAUAAACCUAAAGCAAUAGUCAAAAAGAGGCCUAUGGGCAUCAGAAAGACAUUGAGAAGCAAGAAAACUAUUGCAACCAGGGAUAAAGUAAAAAAUGCUAUAAAGAAAACUGUCACCCGAGGCAGGAAAGCGGCUGUUAAGCUUGAACCUGAUAAUUCUCAAGAAAAGGAAACCGUCCCUCUGAUUCCAGCCUCUGAAAUCAAAAAAGAACCACUUGACGACACACCCAACUCUAGAUCUUCCAGUCCAAAAACGGCUGGCAGACGGCAAAGAUUAAGCUCUGAUUUAGUAAUGAUGAAAACCAUGCUAAGUGACAGUCAGGGUAGUUUGGUCUUGGGACCCCGUACAAGCCCAUACCCAAUGCGCUCGGAGAGAAGCAAUAGUCCUUCAAUGUUUGAAGCCAAGAAUCUGCGGAGUGGAAAGUCUAAGAAAGUCAAAAACAACUUAUUAAAUGAAGUUGUUAUGAAAGAACAGAAGAAAAGACGAAGACUGCUAUCAGAUUCAAAGACAUCAGAUUUUACCGAUGCUGGGGAUGAGUGUAAAAAGCUUAAGAGAGGACGCUCCUGCUCUCGUGAUGGCAGUGAGAUCUCAAAAUGCUCAGAUAACACAGAAUCUGACAUGAGUCUGAGCGAACCGCUUGAGGAGGGCGGAAAGGAGCUCAAUAAAAAACUAGAUAAAAGUAAGACUGACCUAGAUGUAGAUAUUGAAAAUAAUGUACAGAUCUCGAGUAUUGAAAAAGUGCCUUCUGUUAAUGAUGACAAACACAGUGAACCCAAAGCCCAUGCAGAGUCCAGCUGCGUUGUUAAUGAGAAAAAUAAAAAGAAGUUGAGCUUAAAAAGAAGUACUUCUUUAGACUCCGACAACAAUAAUAGUAAUAGGAUAAAGUUAGACAAUUUAAAUUCAUCAGAAAUAGAAAGCAAACUAUUGCUGAAGACUGAAAACGAUACGCUUUUGGACGCCCGUAGUAGUAUACUGAGUAGUAUGUCCAAGACAUUUAAUACAAAGGAGAUUACAAAGAAUAUAAAGAAGGCGCAUAGGGGGAGAAGGGCGGCGGCGCUUGCGAGACCAGAUCCUAACAAAGCCUGCAUGGUUGCCACCAUCUCCAAUUCUGUGGAAGAUAAACAAGAAACCAUUGAAUCACUCUCAAAGGAAAUUGAUGAUUUGAUCAACAAUCUAGAUGAAAAUAUUGACCAGGACACCGAGACCAGCACUACAGAAAACACAUCAGAGCCCACACAAACUAAACAUGUCUCUAAGUUUUAUGGUUCAGGAAAACCAUUGAGUAAUUCUGAUGACAAUAAUAUUACGCGAGCUCCUGAUACACCUGUUAAAAAUACUGAACUCUCCAUUUCUGUGACAAAUGAAAACACACCAUCUAAAAUAGAUGACAGUGAAACAAUUAGACUUCAUUAUGAAGAGGAUUCUGAAGAAAAGACUGCCGAACCUACAAAACAUGAAAUCACAUAUAAUUGCACUUCUGUUGCUAGUAUAGAUAAGUUGAUGGACAGGCUCAAAGAAUUCGAAGAGUUUGAUAAAAGAAGACAGAGACAAGAGUCUGAAUCGAAAGCUAAUGACACUAAACCCAUGAUGGUUACAAGUGAUGUUGUCCUGAUACCUAAAUCAGGAGCCGAUAUCAAACCUUUAAAAGACAUACAAUCUGUCAGAUCCCCGGAGAGACCUAUAGAAAAAGAAAAUGUAUUGAGUUGCUUUGAAAAUAAUUCUGCUAUUUCUAUACUUAAAAGAGAUCAAGUCAGGAAAUCUAUUGAUGUUGACCUCCCAAACUCUGUCACAUUGAUUAAGAGAAACAGUUUUAGUGCUAGAAAAGAGUCCAUAAGUUCCAAUCACUCUAGAGAGUCUGAUGCUAUUAGUAUAUUCGAGAAGUCUCUAGGCAAGGAUGUAACUUUGACUGAAAUUAGAAAAUCGGUAGAAAAAUCAGCCCCCGUGCAACAGGUGGAACUACACUUUGCCACGCUACACCCUAACAAUCCAGGACAAAACCUCGUCCCUGGCGUAGUAUUAGACUCU